GAAAGCGACUGCUGAGAACAAGUCAGCGCGUCAGUCGAGUACGUGCUCAGCGCUUUUCACCAAGGCCGUCAGCAGACUUUAAGCAUGAUUCGGCGGUCCAGAAGCAGUCUUUACAGCAGUGAGGAUGAUGAGGAGGAGACCGAGAUGUAUGAACACGAUUAUGAUGGAUCACUGCCCAAGGCAGGGAAACGCCAGCUUGGCAAGACACGCUGGACACGAGAAGAGGAUGAGAAGUUAAAGAAACUUGUUGAACAUCACGGCGCAGAAGACUGGAAAGUCAUUGCAAACUUAUUAUCGAACCGUACAGAUGUCCAGUGCCAACACAGGUGGCAGAAGGUUCUCAACCCAGAACUCAUUAAAGGGCCGUGGACCAAAGAGGAGGACCAGAGGGUGAUUGAGCUGGUCCAGAAGUAUGGAGCCAAACGCUGGUCAGUGAUCGCCAAGCACCUGAAAGGGCGAAUUGGCAAGCAGUGCCGCGAGCGCUGGCACAACCAUCUGAACCCAGAGGUUAAGAAGACCUCCUGGACGGAGGAGGAGGACAGAAUAAUCUACCAGGCGCAUGAGAAGCUGGGCAAUCGCUGGGCAGAAAUCGCUAAGCUACUCCCUGGCAGGACUGACAACGCUAUAAAGAACCACUGGAACUCCACCAUGAGGAGAAAGGUGGAGCAGGAAGGCUAUCUCCAGAACUCGUCCAAGAACAGCAGCCCCUCCCUCCCCACCAGCCGCACCUAUGUGAAGACCAACAACCAGAUCAUGUGCUUCCCCCCACAGUCGCCCAGUCACACGCAGCUACCUUCCUUGCAGCCUCUCAGUUAUGCAUACUUGCCCGACGCGCGCAGAGCGCACUCCACCCUCUCAUUCAAUAUGAACAUACUCAACAUUCCCCAAGUUCAGAGACACUAUAACGAGGAGGACCCUGAGAAGGAGAAGAGGGUAAAAGAGAUUGAAAUGCUGCUCAUGUCAACAGAAAAUGAACUGAGGGGCCAGCCGUCACUACCGAUUUAUUCGCUCUAUCAAAACUGGACCAACCAGAGCUCCAUGUCCAACAGCUCAGGUGGUGCUGCUAUCUCUUUACCUCAUCACCAGGCAGCCACCCCAGAACUGCCUCUCGACCAGAGCGGCCCACCUGAGGACAGCCCCCCCACAACACCCGUCGAAGGCAUUAAUGGCAACAACAGUAACAACAACAACAACAACAAUAACAACAACAGUCCCCACAGCAGUCCGACGUUCUCAAGUCCAAUGCCAGGGCUCAUGGAAUCUGUGAUUGACUCGUUUCUCAGCCAGCCAGUGAGCCCAGAACACUCUGACAACAACUGCUUGCCUUUUAACUCAGCAGUGCCUGCAAACCUCCUAAAUGAGAGCGAAUUGCUUAUGACUCCUAAUAUGUGUGAGUCAAUUCUAGAGUCCACCCCACGUACACCCACACCUUUGAGAUCAACCUCGACCCAUCAGGAGAUCAAGUAUGGGUCUGUUAAGCUAAUGAAUACUACUUUGGGGCAGCAGAUGGUUGGGUCCAUCAAGCAGGAGCCGGUGGAAGAUGCCAUUAAGCAGCCUCCUUUUAAGAAGAUAAAACAAGAGGUGGAGUUCCCAUGCAAGAGGAGCCACUGCAUGCAGUGGGCAGGACAAGAACUUAACAGGCAGCUCUUCUCCCCCAAUCGCCCAGCUCAGGAAGUAUCAGAGCUAAUUACUAGCUCAUUCUUGAAUGACGACGGACACAAAAUCUACCAGCUCCCUCACAGAAGCCUGAAUAACCCACUACAGCAGCAGCAGCUGGGUUCCUGGGAUCUGUUGACCUCUGGGAAAACAGAGGAGCACAUACUGGCCUCAGAACACAAGUUCUUGAGCGCUUUCCCUUCAAGGACACUGAUGAUAUAGACUGAGAUGAAUGCUGAUCUGAAUACAUCAACAUUUCCUGCACUGGAGUUAAGAAAAAAAAAAAAAGCCCUUAGCUUAAGCAUGCCAAGGUGUUUAGCCCUCAGAUGAAACAGUGGAAAAUGGAUGGCGCAACGGAUGGCUCGAGCAGAUGUUUACUUGUUUACUUCUGGAGCAGAACGCAGAGUUUAUGGCAUCACUGGGUCUUUUUUUUUUCCGGAACAGACCCCUGGAUACAGCAUCGCUGGUUACAUAUUUGCGGUGGUACAGUCAUUGGGAGAGGCUUUUGCCACUGAUGUUUUUACACUUACACGCGUUGGAUUUGU